AUGAGGAAGUACAAUGGCAAGCAGCCGGUGAAGUCUUCCAGUGUGGAUGCCUUCAUGAACUACUUCUAUUGGAACUUAGCAGAAACCCUUGCGGAGACGCCGUCCAUGGAGUCAUUAGAUGGUGCUGCCCUGACUAUGAGUGGCAUCUUCCUCCCAGGUGAUGCGCCGUCUGAGCUGCCUUCAACCUUCCUUGGUGGCAGCGAGGCUUUCAGCGAGGUCCUAGAAGGCUACUUGCUGUUGGAGCCGGACAUGGCCAAAGAUUCGAAUGCGGAGGCGACUGUUCUCAUGAAGUGCUUGGACUGGGUUGAGGCUGAGCUGGACUCUCGAGGAGCUUUGUGCCCCAUGAACCCCAAGGACUUUGUGCGCAUCAUCCAGGAGAAUGUCCGGCCGGUUAGAAACCGAAUUCUCAAGGUGGAGCUGAUGUCUGGAUCCCUGGACUACAAGAAGUACUAUGAGCAGUAUGGUGUGAAUGUUGGUGGGCUUGAGUCCUACAGCAUGUCGGAUGCGGACUGUGUGAUGUUGGUGAAGCACCUGGUGAACAGUGUGUCUUUAAGCCAAGCCCCCUUGGUCUUCCUGCCAGAGAGCUUCAGUUCAUACUUGAAGGAAGAUCUGCAGGCUAUGCCCCGGAACAUCUUGCAAGACCGAGCCAAGAAGGAGUGGGAGAAGUUUGCCCCUGGACCAAUCCGAGAAGUCAAAGUGCAACAAGGUGACUUUCCCAACCCGGAGCCAAAGAAGAGGGGCCGCAAGCGCAAGGCUGCCAAUGUGUUUCAAGGGCAAUCCAGCAAGGGUCCUGACACAGUUCCUGCAGUUCCUGCAGUUCUUGAUGCUGCGCAACAAGUGCCGGAGGAACGCCCCCCAUGGCCCACCCGUGCCACCUUUGCAGGCAGGAAGCAGCCGCAGGAUGAGGGUGGCAAGGCUACCUUCCUGGAGCGCCGCGAGAGAUUCUACCAGUGCAUGGAUGUGAGGUACUGGAAAGACGGGCUUGAAAGGGAGUUCUGGAGGCUAUGUGGGUCAACACAUGACUUAGAUCAGGCUUGCAAGAUGUUCAUGAACAAGAUGGAACCGGGGGUGGACAACAAUCCUGGUAAGGGCAGGGGGCGAGGGAAAGGCAGGGGCAAAAAAGCUAUGCUUCCAAAAGAGCCUGGACGCAACAGGGGCCGUGGGCGUGGCCGUGGGCGUGGCCGGGCUUUGUCAGCUGCAAGGUAA